AUGCCGCACAUGCCCCGCCGUGACGGACCUGCUGCUGCUGCUGCAGCAGCAACAGCAGAUAGCAGCAACAGAGGCAGCAGCAGCAACAGCAGCAAACUCAGCAAAAAGGCCUCUGCCACGGAAAAGCAAAACAAAAUCGAGUUCCCAAAGGAAAAAAACCAACAGGUUGCCGAUUCAUUUGUCACCAAACACCAGCAGCAGCAGCAGCAGCAAGAGCAGCAGCAGCACGAGCACCAGCAGCAACCUGGACAGGCGAAAGGACAAGCAAGCAAGCAGCAGCAGCAGCAGCCGCAGCAGCAGCAGCAACCCGAAACUCUAAGCAACAGCGCAGGAGGCAAGAUCCCUGAUGGACUUCAGCACGAGCAGGAGCAGCAGCAGCUGAUCCUGCAGCAGCAGCAGCAGCCACAGCAGCAGCCACAGCAGCAGCCACAGCAGCACACAGAGCCACAGCAGCAGACAGAGCCACAGCAACAACAGGCUCAGCAGCAGCAGCCAGUGCAGCUGGAGCAGCAGCAGAAAGAGCAGCACGAAGAGUAUCCAUCGCAGCAGCAACGUCAGCAGCCUCAAGACCAGCAACAAAUUCAGCAGCAGCAACAGCAGCCACAGCAGCAACAGCCGCGGCAGCAGCAGCAGCAGCAGCAGCAACAGCAGCAAAGACCUGCUACAAAGAAGGGAGGAAGACGAGGCGGGUCUGGCCGCGGGAGAAAUCAAAAAGGAAAUCUUAACUCCCCCCAAAGGCCCGAAGCAAAUAGGGGUUCCCAAGCUGCUGCUGCUGCUGCGCAGCUGGAGCAGCAGCAGCAGCAGCAGCAGCUGCAGCAGCAGCAGCAGCAGGGGGAACGCGCUGACAACGGCCAGAUGGCAGCAGCAGAAGCAGCAGAGGAUGCAUGUGAGGAGAAUAUGCUCGGCUCUGCUGCCAACUCCAGGCCUGCUGCAGCAGCAACAGCGCAGCAGCAGCAGCAGCAGCAGCAUCUUCAGCAGCAGCUGCAGCAGCAGCCUCUGGCCUCAAUUGCUCAAGCCAUUGCUGAGGCCAGCAGACAAAGAGAUAAGAAUCUAACCGAACAGCAGCAGCUGCUGCGCCAGCGACUCGUGGAGCUGCAGCAACAGCAGCAUUUGCUGCAGCAGCAGCAGCACCUACAGCAGCAGCAGCAACUACGGCAGCAGCAGCACCUACAGCAGCAGCAAAGGCUGCAUCUUCAGCCACAAAGCACUCACAUGCUUCGUGGUGACCAGGAGGAGUUGCAUCAGCAGAAUAUGCCGCAGCAGCACCUGCAGCAGCAGCACUACCUGCAGCAGCAGCAUUUGCAGCAGCAACACCUGCAGCAGCAGCAUCUGCAGCAGCAGCAGCAGCAUUUGCAGCAGCAGCAACAGCACUUGCUGCAGCAGCGCCUGCAGCCACAGCCACAACAACAUCAGUACCAUUUCCAACAGCAGCAGCACUUCCUUCAGCAGCAGCUGCAGCAGCAGCAGCAGCAGCAGCAGCAGCUGCAGCAACAGCACCUGCAGCAGGCCCAGCCGCGGCAACUGCAUUUGCAGCAGCAACAUUCACAGCGGCAGCAGCCGCAGAUGCAGCCGCAGCCGCAGCAGCAGCUGCAGCAGGAGGAACUGCAGCAGCAGCAGCAGCAGCAGCUGCCAGCAGCUAACCUAGCUGGCGGGAACCGGAUCGUGCUGCAGCUGGCCCUGGAGCUGCUGCAGCGGCAAAGGCAGCAGCAGGGAGUUCCAGUGGCGGGUGCUGCUUUGCUGCAGACUUCUGCUGCUGCACCUUUUGGCGCAGAGGGAAACAUGAAGAUAAAUAAAAGAAAUAGAGAUAAGGCUGCUGCUGCUGCUGCUGCUGCUGCUGCCAACGGCGUUGCGGUGGAGCCCCCGCUGCCUCUGUGGCAGAAGAAUGCGCUGAGCGCAGCAGCGGCGCACGCAGCAGCAGCAGAAGCAGCAGCAGCAGCAGCAGCAGCAGCGCAAGCAGCAGCAGCAGCAACGCAAGCAGGGUUCGGCCGGCGGCUGCCGCCUGUGGCUCCUGUUUUGCAGGGGCCGCCAACAGCUGAGUCUGCUGCGUUGCUGCAGCAAGCUUUGCUGCAGCAGCAGCAGCAGCAGCAGCAGCAGCGGGCGGGGCUGCCGCAGCCGCAGCAGCAGCAGCAGCUAGACGUGCCGCUUGCUGCAGCAGCCCACUCGCAGGCAGCGCUGGCGACCCCCGGCGCGGGCUCGCCCAGCGCGCUGCCCCCGCAGCAGCAGCAGCAGCAGCAGCAGCAGCAGCAGGUGGAGCUGGGGGGCAUGAAGGCGCGGCGGCUGGAAAAGGUAAACGUGGAAUACCUCGGCAGCAGCAGCAGCAGCAACACUGGCCGAAGAAGAGGGGCCCUUCAUGUUCAUGUUUAUCCUGGAACUCAAAUAGAUGAAAAAGGAAGAAGACAGAAAGUAGUUGUGAAGCAGCUGCUGCUGCAGCCCGCAGCAUUUGGCUCGCCGCUGUGGCAGCAGCAGCAGCAGCUGCUGCAGCUGCUGCUCGACUGGCAGCACAGCCACUGCUGCGGCACCAUAGACAUCAAGGGUUUCGAGGUGCAGCGCGACGGCGCUGCUGUUGCUUGGAGCGCGCCCCACAGCAGCAGCAGCAGCAGCAGCAGCAGCAGCAGCGGCAGGCUGCAGGUGGCAGGAGCGGAAAGCGUUGCUGCUGCUGCUCUCGGCAGAAAAGACCUCUUCGUCGUGCUGCAGGCAGCAGCAGGGCCUCUCCACAAACACGUCAACCUGCAGCAGCUGCAGCAGCAAACUGCUGCGGGCUCUUUCCUCCCGCCCCAAGGAGGUGCCUACUAG